AUGGGCUCCCGAGAAGUAGUGGAGCAGGUGAGCUCUGCAAAAAAAACUACGUGGCUCCGCUUUUACGCGGGAAAAUUUGGAGCGAAACUACGAUACUCCGCUUUUACGCGGGAAAAAUUGGAGAAAAACUACGAUACUCCGGGAUUACACUUAAAUUAGGUGAAAAAAUCGAUAAAUAACUACGAUACUCCGCAGUUACACCUCAAAAAACAAGCAAUUUUCCAGGUGUAAACGCGGUGCAUCGUUUAAAAACCCCUAUUUCAAGCUGCGUAAAUGCGGAGCAUCGUUUAAACCUGAUUUUCAAGCAAUUUUGCUGGUGUAAAAGCGGAGCAUCGUUAGAAAACCCCUAUUUACAACCCCGUAAAGGCGGAGCAUCGUUUAAACCUAAUUUUCAAGCAAUUUUGCUGGUGUAAAAGCGGAGCAUCGUUUGAAACUCACUUGCACGUGGCAAUAUAUCUGUACAAAAACUGCAAGGCGAAUAACGUGAAGCUCAUCGCGUAGCAAAAACAAUAGGUGGCUGGAAAAAAUUAUUGAUUUUUCCCGGGGCAAAAUCUACAGUAUCCUGAUCUACAGAGCGAAUUUGGGUUCAGAAAUCUCCAAAUUUCACGGGGAAUUGAUCUACAGUAGGCCUAGAUCUACUACAGUAACCUACUAGACAAAACGCGCGUCACAGUCUUUCCCAAAUCGAACCAUUUCCUCUGAAUCAGGAAAAGUGUGUCGUCGUAGAUGUGCAGAAAUGGCCUCAAAAACAUCUCGACGCACGAGUAGAACAUCGUGAACACACAGAACAACAUCAGAAUGUACUUAUAAGAUCCGAUUUGACGAUUCGAGCGGAAGUGGAUGAGGAAGAUCAGGAUUGUGUUGGAGAUCAGGGAGAGGGUGAAACCGAUUUGACCGGAGAUUUGAAGGGCGUGAUUCCAGUGGGUGUCGGACAUCUGGAAAAGGAAGUUCGGGGAGGGCUGGGCCUAGGCUUCUAGGCUCAGCAUAGCCUAGUAGCCUAGACAUGGCCGCUACGCGGAAGCUUGCGGUCUACACUCGCGGCUGAGCCGCUCGGGGUUAGGCUUAGGCUUCCAGGCUUAGGCUUCUAGGCUUAGAGAAUAGGCCUAAGCCUAACCCAGAAGCCUAGGCGUGGCCGCUGCGCGGUAGACAGUGCCGGUUCGCGGAAGUUUGCGGUCUACACUCGCGGCGGAGCCGCUCGGGUUUAGGCUUAGGCUUCUGGGCUUAGGCUUCUGGGCUUAGAGACUAGGCCUAAGCUUAAACCUGAAGCCUAGGCGUGGCCGCUUCGCGGAAGCUUGCGGUCUACACUCGCGCCAGAGGCGCUCGGGGUUAAGCUCAGGCUUCUGGGCUUCUAGGCUUAGAGACUAGGCCUGAACCUAACCCAGAAGCCUAGGCGUGGCCGCUGCGCGGAAAACAGUGCCGCUACGCGGAAGCUUGCGGUCUACACUCGCGGCAGAGCCGCUCGAGUUCCACGUGGCACUAGGAAUUUUCGGGGGUCCGAAAAUUGCUCAGCUACAGUACCCUCUACAGAAGAAACCUACAGUAAUUUUGAUCUGCAUAAUUUCUAGGGUUACUGUAGCCUAGUACUGUAGCCUACUAGAAGACAAUUUUUUUUGAGAAAAAAAAUUCCUACAGUACCUCUCUACAGUAAUCCUGGCACAAUUUCAUGAUCUGCAGAAAUGUUCCUACAGUAGUGAUUUUCGAGCUACAGUACCAUCUACAGUACUCUUGGGAACAUCACAAAAAUUAAGCCUAAGCUUAAGCCUGAGCCCAAAUCUGAAGCCUAGGCGUGGCCGCUUCGCAGAAAACAGUGCCGCUACGCGGAAGCUUGCGGUCUACACUCGCAGCUCCGCUGCUCGGCGGCUCUUUUUAAAGAGCCCAAAUUGAGCUCCAGAUCAGAAUACAAAUUGCUCAUUUUUCUUCGAAAAAACAAAAAUGUCCAAAACAAAAAUGUCCAAAACAACACAAAAUUUUGAACAGAAAGACUAGAGAAUAAUUGCAAAGAUCUGAUUUAUGUUAAGUUGCGAGCGGCGGAGCCGCGAGUGUAGACCGCAAGCUUCCGCGUAGCGGCCGCGAAUUUUCUGCGAAGCGGCUACGCCUAGGCUUCAGGUUUAGGACAUAGGCUUCAGGAUAAACCUAAGUCUAAGCCUAGUUUGAUCUAUGGGCCUUAUCCCAAGCCUAAACUUUAAUCCUAGUCCUAGGCUUCUAAAAGUUGAGCCCCUGAUUUAAAUCUUUAGCAAGUCCCUAAGCUAAGGUCUUGUUGGAGAAGCCUAAGCCUAGGGUUUCAGCUAAGCCUAAGCCUAGGAUUUUAGCUGAGCCUAAGCCUAAGAUUUUUAUUUUUUUUUUUUUGAUAACAAAAAUGUGAAUAGAAAAUUAAUUGCACCUGGGUCCUAAUCAAAUCAAAUCAAAAAAAUAAUCAAAAACAUGUGUUCGGAGCUCAAAAAAUCAAAAAUCCCAAAAAAAAUUUUGGAGCUCAUGUUUCAAAGUUUUUUUUUUCAAAUUUCACUAAAAAUCUGAAAUUUGGAGCAUUUUGAGCCCGGAAAAUGCUCCAAAAAUCAAAUUUUUCGAUAAUUGCACAUCCUAGAGGACCAAUUUUCAGUCAAAAAUCAACAUUUCUCUGAAAUUUAGGAUUUUCAGCCAAAAAAAAGGAGUAAUUUAUAGUUUUUUCGGUUGUUCCAGCACCUAAAAGUCUACAGUAACUCAUUGAUAUACAGUACUCUGAAACUACAGUAAUUUUAGGUUUUUAAUGCUGCCACGUGUACUCUACAGUAAUCCCAUCAAAAAUUCUUGAAAAAAUCAGAAAAUUUCAUUCAAAAAAUCCGCGUGAAAAUUAUACGUUUCAAAAAUAUUGGAAAUAUUUUUCAAAAAGAUUUUUUUUAUUAUCUGUGGUGUUUCCUGUGGAUGGUGAAAAAAAAUGAAUAAAUUUUUAAUUACAUAAUUAAUUAGCUAAUUAAUUAUCAUUUGAAGCCAAAGUGUAGGCUGGUGUGAUUUGAGAAGUUUCAGCUCAAAAAAUGGCAUGAUACGGUAUUCUUCUUGGUUUUUUUUUUCAGAAUUGGAAAGCUGUUGUUAAUUACUUACAGAUUUCGAGCAUUUUGAGCCCGGAAACGUGAAUUUUCGUGAAAUUUUAACCAGAGAGCUUUCCAGGCUCUUAAAAACUCCAAAAAUCUGAAAUUUUGUGAUUUUUGGAGCAUUUUGAGCCCGGAAACUUGGCUUUUUGUGCGAUCAAAAAGCUUUUGGUGCAUUUUGACCAAAUUUUCAGUCAAAAAUCAACAUUUCUCUAAAAUUUAGGAUUUUCAGCCAAAAAAUCACCAAAAUUUUCAGACAAAUAGCUACGACACUCCGCUCGGAACACUCAGCAAACAAUUGAAAAAACAAAAACAACUUUCGACACCGUAUUUGGUCUUGAGUGGAUCCAAUGAUCAGUGAGUUUUUUUUUGGCGGGAAAUUUGAAAAUUCAAAAAUUAUUGAUUUUUUUUUGCAGCUCGAGCCUCAAAAAGGAGUAAUUUAUUUUAUUUUUUGUGAUUUUUUUCUUGAAUAAAUUGUUUCAUAUUUUUUAAAAGUUUUAAACAUGGUUCCGUACUAAAAUUUUCAGCUGAAAAUGCUGAAAAUUAUCAUUUUUAAUAAUGAUAAGUAAUUUCAGCAUUUUCAGCACAAAAUUUCAGCACGGAACUAUUUUUCAAGCAGAUUUGUGCUUCAUCAAUGCUUCAUUUAAUUAUUCUCAAGAAUUUCAAGAUUCUAGACUCAAAUUUUGUGCUGAAAAUGCUGGAAACAUUGAUUUUCAGCAAUUUAGAGUAAUUUCAGCAUUUUCAGCACAAAAUUUGAGUCAGGAAAUGUUUUUGAAAUUUUUUCUGGAAAAAUAGAUCAAGAAAAAAAGUUUGCGAAAAACUUUUUUCAGCCACAAAAAAUGGCUGAAAAUAUCUGAAAUUAUUUCUUUAAUUUUUCCACAUGUACUCUACAGUAAUCCCCUCAAAAAUUCUGACAAAAUCAGAAAAUAUUAUCCAAAAAAAUCCGGGUGGAAAAUGUACGUUUCAAAAAUAUUGGAAAUAUUUUUCAAAAAGAUUUCAAAAUGAUUGCUUACAUAUUUUUAUUACUUGCAAUUAUUAGAACUGAAAGAAUAUAUACUUCAAUUAAUUACUCUGUUCCUUUCUUUUUCUCUUAUUUUUCCAUGUUUCGCUUGAAUGGAUUGCGAAAAUUUUUCUAGUAUUUCUAGCUUUCGAAAAUAAAGUGAUGCUCAUUGAGCCGCCUUUUUAUAGCCCCAAAAAUGUGUUCCGAACUUCAAUUUUUCAGCUGAAAAUGCUGAUAAUUUCAGCACAAAAUUUCAGCGCGGAACUAUUUUUCAAGCAGAUUUGUGCUUCAUUAAUGCUCCAUCUAAUUAGUUUCAAUAAUUUAAUCAGAUCAAGAUUCUAGACUCAAAUUUUGUGCUGAAAAUGCUGGAAACAUUGAUUUUCAACUCAAAAUUUCAAAUUUCCAACCAAAAAAACUCAUUUUUCCAUCAAUUUUCACUCGAAAACCACAAUUAUCGAUUGAUUUUUCACCAAAAAAUGAAAAAAAAGUGUGCAACGACACUCCGCAAAAUGACGGCUUGCCCGUUGUUUAGCACUUUGUUGGCUUUUUCUUUUUUUUUUUAAGUUUAAAAGCUCCCAGGAAAUGAUUUACAACUUCGACAAACAAAAAAAAAUCAAAUUUUCAAACGUCCGCAUUUUUUUGUGUGCAUUAUUGCGUCAUCUCACGUGUUUACACAUUUCUGUUCAUUUCUGGUUUUUUUGAGGCGGUCAUCUGAAAAUAGCUGAAAUUUGUCUGAAAUUGAAGAGUUUUUUGAUUUCUAGAUGUAAUUUGAGGAAUUUAGUUUGUAUUUUAGUUGUUUUCUCUCGAAAUCUUAAUUUUUCUCUAUUUUUUUCGUCAAAAAUUGAUUUUUAAUGUUUUCAGAAUCGAGUUUUGUAUGGAUGUUUCGGAAGAAGCCGAUUUCGAGUUGUCAGGUUUGAUUUUUACGUAUUUUUCUCCGGAAAUUCAAAAAUCCUGGGGUUUUUCAUGAUUAUUUUUAUAGAAACAUUUUGGAUGAAAGCGAACUUGGAUUUUGGCGGAAAAAACAAAAAUCGAAUGAUUGGAAAACGGAUUUUGAGUGAAAUGUAAGUAUUUUUGGGGAAAUUCAAAGAAUAUCAGGAAAAUCUGAAAGUUUCACCUUUUCCCGAACCCGAAACUUAGAAAUUAUUGAUUUUUUUAGGAUUUUAUUGAUGAAAAUGAUGGAGGAAUAG